AAAAUUAGGACGUUGCAUGCGGAUUCGAGCACUUGUAUGACGAGUGGGUGCGCAUCGGCGGUGAACGAAUUCAAGGAAAAAUCGUGCAAAUCUGUGUAAAUUAUGUGAAUAAAAGUGUUUUGAACGUGCCUUGUUAGAUGCGGUUUUAUCUACACGCUCAAAUCAAUCGAAAGGAACUACAGCGGAACUGUAAUUUACGCCUGAAAAUAGAACGCCUCGAACGGAUGACGUCUGUCGCCAAAGCGACCUUGCGAUUGCCGAGAAAUCUUGUUUACGUUCGUGCGUGUGAGCGCGCGAAUCUUUUGAGGAAAAUUUAAAAUCACCGACAACGAAAAAGUGUUCCCAAAUGGCACAACCAUUGGAUGCGCAGUGGCUCUCCGAAGAGGUAGAAGAGUUCCAGAUGAAGGAAGAAGACGUUAUCUACGAGGAUAUCGAGUACAUCGAAGAAUAUGUGAAUUCUUUCGAUGAUCAGAACGAUGCCGAAGGUGCCAGUUCGGCAACCGGAGAGGAAAACCGAUGCGCGACCAAUUUUGCAAGCAUCGAUGAUGCGCUGGAUGCGUUACAGAAUUCCGUAUGGUCCAUCAAACCCCCCGAACGUACCGGCACGAUGGGUCGCAAGCUGGCCCAUCCUCGUUCCGUUCCGAUUGGUUUGGCCAAAUCGGCGAAAAGUUGUGCCGAGUGCUUGUCACUGUUUCUCGAUGCCGACGUAAUCGCCAUGAUAACGGAGUACACCAACGAGCAGAUCAAGGCGGAACAGCCCAACUACAGCCGUGAGCGUGAUGCAAACUUAACGGACGAAACGGAAAUUCGAGCCCUGCUGGGUGUGCUGUUUAUCGCUGGUACGGUGCGUGACGGGCGGGAAAAUGUGGAGUAUCUGUUCGACAGUAAGAUGGGCACCGGUUUGGAAGCGGUCUAUCUCACCAUGACCUUGAUUCGGUACCACUUUCUCGUGCGAAACGUGCGCUUCGACGAUCCUGCUGCAGCGCUGGACGAAACGGAAGGCGAUAAGCUGGCGCCGAUCAGAGAGAUCUACGAGCGGAUUGUGAGCAAUUGCCAGAAGUACGUCCGCCCCGGUCGCUUUCUGAUGCUGGAUGAGCAAACGGUAAAAUUCAACGGGAAAUGUGAUUUCCGACAGUUUCUCACGAAUGUCCCGGGCAGGGCGGGAUUCAAGUUUCACCUGCUGGCGGACUGUGAGACUUCCUACAUAAGCAAUCUGGAAGUUUGCGUACCGGACAACCAAAAUCCGUACAAUUUAAGCUACGCACCGGUCGAUGUUGCGAUGCGACUGACGGAACCAAUCCAGGGCAAGCAGAAAACGGUCAUCAUGGGACCCUCGUUUACGUCCCCGGAGCUUAUAAAGAAACUGUACGCGAGCCGCACGAUGGUCAUCGGGGAGGUGAAGAAAUCGUACCAAGACAUUCCAAAAGCGUACGUCUCGAACAGAGGACGUUCGGAGCAUAGCAUACUGGCCGCAUACCACGAUACGGUCACGCUAGUGUCGUACAUCACACGACGGAAGGAUGUGAUGCUGCUAAUGUCCUCCUUCACGGAGGCCGAUCCGGAAGAGAGUGGAGAGCCGGACGAAAAUCAAAAGCACGCCCAACUCCUCCAGCUGGUGGAGCUUUACAGUCAGACCAAAACUACCAUCGGUACGAUUCAGCAAAUGUGCGCUAUUUACGAUGCGUCGCGAUGCACUCGCCGGUGGCCAAUGGCUAUGUUUUUCAACCUGAUGAACCUGUGCGCCAUCAAUGCCUGGUGCAUCUAUCAGCUAAACCAUCCGCAGGAGGAAAAAAUCAGCCGUCGGGAUUUUCUGGUCAAUAUGGCACUGGAGCUGCUGCGGCCCCAGGCACGGAAGCGGUUGGAUCAGAAAACGCUACCACGAACACUGAAACAGCGCAUCGCUAUGUUUCUAGGGGUUAGUCGGGAGGAGUAUGAAACCGUACCGGUGUUGGAGAAUCGACGAGACGUGCGAGGUCGGUGCUAUUUGUGCAGCAGGGCACGGAACAAAACCACACGCAUUGUGUGCCACAGUUGCGGCAAGUUCACCUGUGGCGCACAUUGUGCACAGCUGUGCCGUACGUGCUACAUGGAGGAAGGCACGGAGGAUCAGUGAGGACUGGGAGUCUGAAUCUGUUGAGACGCAUUCCUUUACGUUGGGGGAAAAAAAUGUUUGGCAGAAAAUACACAUGAACAUGGCUAUUCAACAAGUAAAGGUUGUUUAUUAAUUAAAAUAAGGAAUGAAAUUAUGUCAAAAACAGUUGAAAUCAGUUGUAUUUGAAGUACGCAAAGAAAUAAAAAUUUCAUUGUGUGGCUUGUAUGGCAAAAAGAUGCAAAAUCGGUUCCCCGUGUGCACAACUGAGUCUCCAGCUACGUCUAGAAUCAACAUCAGAAAUGGCCAACCAAACCCUUUCGAGAUUGUAGUCCCAAACAAAGUCCCCAAUAUAGAAAAGAUCGCUCGUUCAAUAAAAAUUACGCAACUCGAAAUAGAGCAUAACGGUCAGCUAAAACAGGCAUCGAUAAACUUUA